CUUUAAAUUGCUGUCAGGAAAGUUACGCACUUCUUGUUUGGUUCUUAGCCUACCUUAAUCUGGGUUAGACACAUGCUCCGAGCUCAAGUGAUUCCUGAAGUACAUCUCUCUUACACGGCUCCAACUCUACAUGUGCCGGGAGCAGCGCGGAUUUAGCGGCCUGCUGUGCUGACGGACUUGGUGACAUUAGGAAUUCCUGCCUUGGUUCUCCUAUAGUGUGUCUGAUGGAUCUCAGGCUUGCCUCAUUGACGCUCGGUACACUACUGGUUCUCCUGACCUCUGGGCCACAGCCAUCCAUUGGACAGAAGGUUUACACCAACACAUGGGCCGUCCAUAUUGAGGGGGGAGAGGAGGAAGCUGACCGGAUUGCUAGAAAGCAUAGCUUUGUGAACCAUGGGAAUGUAUUUGGAGAUUAUUAUCACUUCAGGCACCGCACGGUGGUGAAGAGGUCUUUAUCAGAGCACAGAGGCACACACAUUCGUCUGCACACAGAACCCCAGGUAAUGUGGGCGGAACAGCAGGUGGUGAAACGAAGAAAGAAGAGGGAUGUUUACUAUGAGCCCACCGAUCCCAAGUUUGCACAGCAGUGGUACUUGUACAACCAAGACCAUCUUGACCUCAACGUGAAAAAUGCCUGGAAGCAGGGUGUCACUGGACAAGGAGUCGUCGUGUCCAUAUUGGAUGAUGGCAUUGAAAAAAACCACCCAGAUCUGGUUCAGAACUAUGAUCCAGAUGCUAGCUACGAUGUUAACGAUGGCGACCCAGACCCUCAACCUCGAUACACUCAACUCAACGAUAACAGGCACGGGACGCGUUGUGCUGGAGAGGUUGCUGCUGUGGCCGAUAAUGACAUCUGUGGUGUCGGAGUGGCCUACAAUGCCAGGAUCGGAGGUGUGCGUAUGCUGGAUGGAGAAGUCACUGAUGUGGUGGAGGCUCAGUCUCUCAGUCUCAACCCACAACACAUUGACAUCUACAGCGCCAGUUGGGGACCCGAAGAUGACGGCAAAACUGUGGAUGGGCCUGCAAAAUUGGCCAAAGAGGCUUUCCAACGCGGCGUAAUAGAGGGCCGUGGUGGACGGGGCUCCAUCUUUGUGUGGGCUUCGGGGAACGGUGGCCGCAUGAAGGACAGCUGCAAUUGCGACGGCUACACCAAUAGCAUCUACACUCUGUCCAUCAGCAGCAGUACGCAAAACGGCAACGUGCCCUGGUACAGCGAGGCCUGCUCAUCCACCCUCGCCUCAACCUACAGCAGCGGAGGCGUCAAUGAGAAACAGAUUGUCACUACAGACCUCAGGCAGAAGUGCACAGACUCCCACACCGGCACCUCGGCUUCAGCCCCUCUGGCAGCAGGAAUCAUCGCCCUCGCCCUGGAGGCCAAUAAAAAUCUAACCUGGAGGGACAUGCAGCAUCUGGUUGUGAGGACGUCCAACCCUGCCCACCUCACCACCAAUGACUGGAAGAUAAAUGGAGUGGGUCGGCGAGUAAGCCAUUCUUAUGGAUAUGGUCUGCUGGACGCUGGGGCCAUUGUAGCCUUAGCAAAGAACUGGACAAAUGUGGGACCUCAGCAUAAAUGUGUCCUUUCCCUGGUGUCUGAGCCCAGGAAUAUCGGGAGUUAUUUGGUCAUCAACAAGACUGUGGAUGCGUGUACUGGGAUGGCCAACUUUGUGAGCUCAUUAGAGCAUGUUCAAGCGCAGCUGACACUGUCCUACAACCGCAGAGGAAACCUGGCCAUCUAUCUGAUCAGCCCACAGGGGACCCGCUCCACACUGCUUCCUCCCAGACCUCACGAUUACUCCUCUGAGGGCUUCAAUGACUGGGCUUUCAUGACCACCCACUCCUGGGAUGAAGACCCUCGUGGAGAAUGGACGCUGGAGAUCAAAAACGUGGCUGGAACCAGUGACUAUGGCACCCUGACUCAGUUCACGCUGGUUCUCUACGGCACAGCUUCUAGUUUAUCCCGCUCCUCAACGGCAGGCUCCAGCCAGACAGCAGACAGCAGCUGCAAAACCUACGACCUCAAUCAGAUCUGCACAGAGUGUAACCCCGGCUUCUACCUGUACCAGAAGGGCUGUGUAAGAGACUGUCCUGCUGGUUUCACAGAAGGCUCCCGUCCCACUAUCCUCAAUAAUGAGCUGUCAUCCGUCCUCCACCCUGCCUGCCUGCCCUGCCACUCCGUCUGCCUCACCUGCAGCGGGACAGGGCCUCAGGACUGCCUGUCCUGUCCGCCACACAGCCACCUGGGCCCGCUGACCGGCACCUGCCUGCAUCAGAACCAGAUCCAGCGCGAGUCUCCGGACGGCAGACUGUUCCAGGCACAGGGCGACAGCUUGUCCUUUGUGCACCAGCCCGCGCUCUCAUCCAGCCUGCCUGCCAUUGUGGCCGUGCUCAGCUGUGCCUUCAUCGUGGCCACGUUUGUGGGUGUUUUCGGUUUGCUGCAGCUGCGCACGCUUGGACAGAAAAAACAGCACUUAGGCCAAGAAGAGCCAGGGUCUGGAUUACUGGUUGGAUGGGGCUUGAACCGCACCGAAGUCGCCUAUAAGGGCAUCCCGAGUGUCUGGAGGGAAGACGAAGAGGAGUCGGAAAACGAGGAAUUUGGUAUCCACAACGAGAGGACUGCCUUUAUCAAAACACAAAGUGCUCUUUAACCCUUCUCUAGCAUCUACUGCACUGUUGUCUCUCUUUUGAUUUGAUUUUUGUGCAUUUUCCUUCUGGGGUUCGUCUGAAUACUCUGAAUACUCACUUUUUGCGGUGUUUUGGGUUGGUUUUCCGUUUCUCUUGGGUUAAUUGAGCCAUGAUUCACUUGGGUGUUUGAUCUUUUGGUGCCUCAUCGUGGGAAGCUUCCAAUCUAAAAUGGCCAGGGUGAAAACGAUUGUCCCAAAUCUACAAUAAAACAUAAGUCUAUACUUUGGGCGCUUUCUCUUGCCUAGUGAGAUUUUAAAGGAGCACUUAUUUUUGAAAUAUGCUCAGUUUACAUGUCAUCUGCAGGUAAAUUGUUGUGUUUUACCAUUUUUGAAUCCAUUCAGCUGAUCUAUGGGUCUUUCAGGAACGCUUUUAGCUUAGCUUAGCAUAGAUCAUUGAAUCAGAUUAGACCAUUAGCAUCUUUAAAAAUGACCAGAGUCUCCAUAAUUUUCCUAUUUAAAGCUUGACUGGUUACACUGUGUAGGAAGACCAACAGAAAAUUAAAAUUAAAUUACUUUCUAGGCUAAUAUGGCUAGGAUCUAUACUCUCGCUGUGUAAUAUCAUUGCACCUGCACUCAUGGUAUGGCAGCAAAGUUUAGAUCUUGGGCAUAUCUGACAAGAAAAAUGCCAUUUUUAAUUUUCUGUCGGUCUUACAGUACACGAUUUAAUUACAGGAGAGUCCAGCUUUGACCAGGAAAAUGAUCAAAAACCUUUUGUUUUCUGUUUUUUAUGAGCGUGAUGCUCAUGGGCUAAUCUGAUUUAAUGAUUUAUGCUAAGCUAAGCUAAAAGUGCUUCCCCCAUACCCAGAAAUCAGCCUAAUUAGUUAAAAUAUGGUUAAACUCGGCUUUUAACUUUAGGAGAGCUGUAAAAUGAGCCUAUUUGCAAAGAAAAGUGUUUCUUUAAGGGAAAUAUUUCAAGAUUUAAAUGAUUGAGUGUGAGAAAAUCAAAACUAUUUUUUUUUUUUUUUUUUUAGAUGAGUGAAUGAGUGUGAAAGUGUGUUUGUAUGAUGUGGGUCAGGGCUGCAGUGUCUCAGAUCCACUGGCUUUGCGCAGGGAGCCUUCCAGAAGAACAUAUCACUAUAUUUCCAUAGCACAUGGUCAGACAUGGAGAGGAGAGCGCUGUGCUGCUAGUAGAGCUCACUGCUCCCUCUAGAGCAUUGAAAUUGCUGAAUUUAGGAUUUUGUUUUAGCAAACUCAUGUAAGCUGGAUAAAGGAAUAAUUCUCCAAAAAGAUGAAUUGUCAUUCGCUCACUCUUGUGACUUUUCAGACCUGUAUGACUGCAAAAUAUGUAUGAUAUCGCAAACAUAAAUGGGGAUGGAUCAUUGUCAUUCGUCACUGGCAAAAUCACGACGGCAAAGCAAAUUUUUUCUUAUUUAUAUCAUCUAGAGUGAAUUUAAUGCGCAUAACUGCAAUAUUUCAUAAAUCAAACUUCUUUGAGCAUAAAUAGAAGAGGGAACUGUGAGAGAGAUGUGUAAAAUGAUUUUAAAAAGCUCCAUAAAUAUAGUUUGCAAAUGUUUACAGCUACACGUCGACACUCGUUUCGUAAAUGUCAAAAAAAUAUCAAAAUGAAACUUUUACUGCAUCAUUUUAAUUAAAUCUGGCAUUUGAAAAGAUGGAUUAAUGGUUAUUUGCAAACAUAGACUUAAAUAGCAAUGUUUACCUUGCACAAAUCUUGCACAAGUUUCAUUUUGGAUGUUGACACACUUCCGUCCUCAUUUAGUCUCUAGUUGUAAAAGGAUUGACUGAAAACUUGCUGUUCAUUUAUUCACAAUCUGAUUGACGUUUAGUUAAAGUCACUUUUGGUGAUUUAUGAAACAUUAAUCUAAAUCAGUGGUGUUCAAACUCCUCCUGGAGUGCCGGUGUCCUGCAGAUUUUAGCACCAACUUGCCUCAACACACCCGCAAGGAUGCUUCUAGAUAGCCUAGUAAGAGCUUGAUUAGCUAGCCCGGGUGUGAUUAGGGUUAGAACUAAACUUUGCAGGACACUGGCCCUCCAGGACUGAGUUUGGACACCCCUGCUCUAAAUCUACAACCUUUUCAGAGUAAAAAAUAGUAAUGAGUAAAAAAGAAUAAAUAGAAAAGUACAACUAUCUGAAAAACUGGUCUGUGCAAUGAAAUGUACUUUAAAGAGGGCAGUAAUGAAUCGAAUCUAAGAAUAAGUAUUGUCAGGAACUAAAGGUACUCAUUUAGUUUUACCUGUAUGUUGUUGUUUUUUUUACUCUCAUAAGACCUGAGAGAAUAAAUUAACAGCAAAUCUUCAUUCCUAGGUGAACUAUGCUUUUAAAAGUGAGAUCUCAUACAGGUUUGAAAUAACUCGAGUAAAUGAAAACAGUUUGUGUUUUCAUAUUUGACAACAGCUGACUGUAUAUGAAGAAAAAAUCUUGAAAAUAUUAACGGCAGCAUCGUUCAACUGUUAUAUCGAACUCUGUCCUCCAGUCAAGGGUUUAAAACGCAAUGAAGGCUCCAGGCUUCCUAAUCCAUUUAUUAUAGGGUGUAAAAGAGCUCUACUUGAGAUCAAAAUAAUAAAAAAUAGGGCUUUGAUGAUCCAGACGAGCUCUUCUAUCUGCUCAUCACCUCCUUUUCUUUUGCUUACUACUGUAGUAGUAGUAGUAGUACGCUUCAACCAGAAUAUAUUAAUAUUUUUUUCUUCUUUAUUUAUCCGAAUCACAUAUUCACGGUCAACAAAUGCCGUAUCUUUACAAUAAUUUCCAUUAAAUCUGUGCGACUAGUAUUAUCUUAUCAUAUAAUUAUUGGUGAAACGAAAUGGAUAAGGAUAAACUACUUGCACCAUACUCAUCCUUCCCUUAGUUUAGCUUGGAUGUUUGUUUUUUUUUUUUUUUUUAUCAGGGUGUCAACAGGAGUUAUUAUCAUUAUUAUUAAAUGUGAAGUGUGAUCUGUUCAUUGACACUUUUUCAAUCGCAAGGUCCAUAAACCAACAGUAGAUAUUAAUUUGUGGCACACUAGAUUUUCACAGCUAUUGCACAUCAAAUGACUUAAUAAUGUUUGGGUUUUGGCACCGUUCACUCCCCAUUCCACAGUCAUCAAAAGGCUCAAUCUCGAUAUAUGAUAAGAUAAUCACUUUUUCACUGUCCUUGUGUUGAACAUUGGGCAUAUUAGUCAAAAAUAAAUAGGAAUAUAUUAAUUUUUUUUUCACUUCUAUUUGAUUUUGCAUAUCAACAUUAUUUUAAAUAUAUAUUUUUUAAUUUAAAAGUUUUCUUUUUCACUUUUUUGCAUGCAUGGGUUCUUGUUUUCCUUUUUUUAAAAUUAUUAUUAUUAUCAUAAUUUUUUACAGCCAAUUACUAAACUCGAGAUAGUCCAUUCAUUCAUAUCAUAUUAAUUAGGGUAUGCUGGGCCAAAUUGUAUUUUUUUUCCCUUUUUUUUUUUUUGGAGCAUUUUUGUAUACAUUUACCUCUCCCACUCGAUUCUUUUAAGCUCAGAGUGAAAGUUGGCCCACGCUGAGCUCUUCCGCCCCCCUGCGGAACCCAUCUGCUAUUACAGCUGUGUUUUGGAAAGCCUUAAAGUGUACAAAAGGCACGACCAAAGACCACAAGAUGAAAAUCUGCUUGCCUUAGAGUGACGCCUGACCUGAAAAACACAUCUAGAUAAUAUUGUGGUGGAUUGUUUUCUCUCUUUGCUAUGUUGAGUUGUGCUGUUGCAGUGUGGCUAUACGCAUUGUCUCCGAGAAAAUGCUUCGAAGGUGCUGUCGAAUGACUAGUUUAGCUGGUGGUUGUGGUCUGAACACUGCUGUAGCAAAGCAGUUUUUAAUUACAGUAAGCCACGCUUGAUAUGUUUUCACCCUGAUGGUGCAAUGAUCGCAUUGUGUGUGUGUGUGUGUGUGUGUGUGUGUGUGUGUGUGUGUGUGUGUGUGUGUGUGUGUGUGUGUGUGUGCGCGCGUGUGCUCAAGGACAACCUUCUGUAGUCAUAGGAUUAUUUUCACUUUUAUUUGAAGAGUCAACUGAUGCUUGUAGAUCCCCCAGUAGAAAACACCAAUCAUUUGUAUGACUACCUGAGACGGGACGACUAUAUAAGAAAUAAGGCCUAUUUUUGUACUAUAUAUAUGGUGCAUUGUCAUUUACAUGUAAUUUAAAGAUUACUUUGCUCUUCUUUUUUCUUUUUAUUUAAUUGAUGUCAAUAUGCGAAUUAUAGAUUAUACAAAAAAUAAAGAUCUAUGCAAACGUAAGCAUUUUGUCUUA